AUGGUGAGCAAUGGAAGCAGAAAAAAGACGGGUUCACGACCACUUUGGAUUGUGAAAAUUAACAAGCGAAUGAGCAUGAGCAAGUUUAAAACAGAAGCAAAAUGGAUCACCGCCGAGAACCUUUCGUGGGUGCUUAAAGGGGAACCGACGGACAAUGUCUACCAGGUCACAGUGGAGACGAUGGAAAACUGCGAAACGGACGAAUGUAUGCAGAAGAUGUGGGUGCCAGAAGAGUUCGUGAAGGCCACCGGUGAGAUGCUGGAGAGAUUCGAUGAAGAAGAAGAGGAAGAAAUUGAGAAUACCCUUGAUACUUCAAUAAUGCAUGAACUCCUCGGCACGUCUCCAGAAUCUAUCGAUAAUGAAUACAAACAGGUCUGCGAGGAAGAAACAUUCGAUCCAUAUGCCACAGCGGAAUCGGAUAACGGUGAAGUCUUCGAUGAUGUACCGACCGCGACGACGGGAAGCGAUGUCAAUGCGUGA